AUGGAGGCCUACAAGCUGCACCCGCUGGCCUUGGUCAACAUCUCCGACCACUACAUCCGCUUCAAGGCGCAGCUCCCGCCCGAGGAGGAGCCGCCGCGGGUUCUCGGGUGUCUUCUCGGGUUCCAGGAGGGCAACCGCGACCUGGAGAUCUGCAACUCCUUCGAGCUCAUCUGGACACCCGAGGAGGGCACGGGGAGGGUCAUCGUGGACGCGGAGUACCUCGCGGGGCAGAAGGUGCGGUACAAGACGGUGUACCCGAAGAUGGAGGUGGUCGGAUGGUACUCCACCGGCCAGGCUGUCGACCACGAGCACGACCUGGCCAUCCACAAGGCCAUCUGCGACGCGAGCGAGGCGCCCGUGUACCUCCUCUUCGACCCUUUCCGGGUGGGCGCCGGCGAGGGCACAAGUACGUCUCGGCACAAGCUGCGGGGUGCGAAGCUGCCCAUCGACAUCGUGGAGGCGGUCGUCCACGUCGGCGCCGACGGCCAAAGUCAGACGUCGUUCCGACCGGCAAAGUACGCCAUCGAGACCACGGAGGUUGAACGCAUCGCGACGGACACCCUCGCCAGGGCUCAGGAGGGCGAGGGCACGAUGACCGGACAGUACGUGUCGCACCUUCGGAACCUCGGAUCCGCGACGGAGAUGCUCAACGCGCGUGUCGAGGCGAUCGUCGAGUACCUUCGAGCGGCGGACUCGGGCGAGAUCGAGCGCCCGGAUAGAGCUGCGCUCAGAGCCGCGGCGGCGCUGGUGAAAUCGCUGCCGAAGCACGGGGGAAGCGCGCGGUUGCGGGCGGACAUGGUGAGGGAGUACAACGACUGUCUGCUCACCGCGUACCUGGCGACGAUGACCAAGGGUAUGGCGGAGAUGGACGUGUUGCAGGCUAGGUUCGACGCCGCCGGGCUGGAUGGAUCCGGGGGCGGCGCGGGCGGCGGCGGGAGGCGCGGCCGCUUCUGA